AUGAACAUGUCGCGGGUUACCCCCGUGCCGCAUCGCACCGCGGCAAUUCCCCCAGUUGCGAUCCCCUGCGACCCAGGCGAUUGGCGCGGGCCGCAUCAUGCGAACCGAUCCGCCGAAUCGCAGGCGAGGAACUCGCUAUCGUGCGAUUGGAUUUUCAGAUCCGCCCCAACCGCGACCGUCGCAGCAGCAGGAGGGCCACUGAGCCGCCGCGCUGCGUAUAACCCAUGCGCAACAGUCCUUCCCACACAAGUUCAUUUCACGCGAUUCCUCCGAACCCGAAGCGCGCUAAAUUCUCCUAGUAACUUGCCCUCCUUUCACCGCCUAGCCGUUUUCGCCGCGAGCGGUACAAGCCAAGCCUCGGGCGGAUCUGACCCGCCCGUGUCGGCUCAGAUCCGUGGGAUCGGGGAAGUGGAGUCCGGCGGGAAGUUUGGCGGAAGGUUCCUGCAGGAUGACGUGGGUCCGAACCAGGUGGUUCUCGAAGCGCAGGCGCGCGUGUGCACUGGACCCACGCAGACCCGGCCGCUGGGCGAAGAGGAGAUGCGGCGCGUGUUGGAGCAGAUCUUGCUUUCAGGUGUGUCCUCAGGUGUUCUUUCAGGUGCGCCUUCAGGUGUUCUGUCAGCCAAAGGGGAACUGCCUCCCUCAGAGCGAGUGUCCCGGGCGCGGAUGGGGUGCCUUUUUCGCAGGCUUGACGGUGCGAGCCAACUGCUUCCUACUCCCUGCCUGCUCUGCCUUGCCCCUCUUCCCCUGCUCCAUACACCAGCCAAGGGCGAGCUCCCCCCCUCUGACCGCGUAUCACGGGCGCAGAUGGGCGCCUUUUUCGCAGGCAUGACGGUGCGAGCCAACUGCUUCCCUCCUCCCACGCAGUGGAGUGAGGGGGAGAGGCGGGCGCUGGUUGACAUGUGGCCCGCCCUCAGAUACCACCUCCCCCGGGACGUGCUCUUCCUUGCCGACCCUCAGGGUUCCAUUUUCAAUGAUGCGCUCCCUGUGGGUCCCACGUUCAACGGGCAUGGGUCGGAGCAGGAGGCGCAGGUGGUGGGAGAUCUCAGGGAUAUUCUGUUCGGCGUGCACCUUGGCUUUCAGGAAACCAUGUCGCUGCUGCAGAACCUGCUGCCCAUGAGGGGCGGAAGUGCGGAGGAGGGAGGGGGGGCAGUGUGCGAUGCACUGGUGGCGGCAUAUCUGAUCGCUGUGCGCAUGAACCGAGAGACCGACCGCGAGCUCAAGGCAUUCUGCCUGGCGUUCGAUCAGGAGAUGGGUCCAGCCCCCAUUGCAAGAGUGCCUUCACUCACCCACUACGGGGAUCCCUACGACGGCAGCACGCGCUACUUCCGCCCGACGCUUUUCGUGGCGGCAGUCAGGGCGAGCAGUGGGGAGGCGUGUCUGCUGCAUGGGGUGGACGAGUUUCCGCCCAAGCUUGGAGCCACGGAGGAGGCAAUGCUGAGCCUACUAGGAGCCAACACCGGCCUCUCCCCGUCUCAAGCUGCUACCAUCUUGGAGGACCCUCAAAUCCACAUGGCAUAUCUCAGCCUCAAGGACUGCUCUCCCUCCUGCUACUCAUUGGUGGAUAUGCGUAGGCACAUCAAGAAACGUCCAACGUUUGCCACCACAGAGAAAGUGCAGCGCUACAUACAU